AUGUCAUUCUGCGUGUUGCUGUCCUGGCCCUCACCUGCGCUGCCACUCUCACAUCCCGCUCCCUCCUCCCACCAGGUGGGCUGCCUCGUCUCAGACGAAAAAGACGCCUUCCUGCUGAGAGACCCGCGCAUGGAAGAAGAAGACGCACCUGAUGAUGUCAUCCUGCGCGUUGCUCACCUGGCCCUCACCUGCACGGCCGCGCUCACGGUCACUCGCCCCAGCAUGGCGCGCCUGGCCAAUGACUUGGAGGGUAUCCGGGGGGAGGUGGUGGGGGAGGAGGUGAACCGCGCAGCAGAGAGGGUGGAUGAGGUGGCUAUCUGGAAGGAAGUGGUGGGGGAGGAGGUGAACCAUGCAGCAGUGAGGGUGGAUGAGGACGAGGGAUGA